AUGCCGUCCUCCGGAGCCGGCGGGAGGUCGUCGAGGUCCGCCAUCGGGGCCGACACGGCGAGCGGGCACCACUUCCUCACGAUCCAUGAGUACUCCUGCACCAAGGACCUUCUCACCGGGGAGAAGAUCAGUUCCCGGCCGUUCACAGUCGGCGGCCACCGCUGGCGCAUCGACUACUACCCAAACGGCAUAGACCUGGCGGUCGCAGAUUACGUAUCCUUCUGCCUAAUCCUCGACGAAGAUGUCCCGGCGGCGGUGAAGGCGAAGUACAGCUUCUGCCUCACCGGGGAGGCCGAGAAAAGGCAAGCGGCGGGGCUGUCGUCGGCGUUUCUGAACACAUUCACUUCCAGGAAAGGCGGCACCUUCAACUGGUUCACGGCGUUCAUCAAAAGAUCGGUGCUGCAGAGCUCCAAGAAUCUAGAGAACGACUCGUUUACUGUCCGGUGCGACGUCAUGGUCGUCCACGGUUACCACGCGGCGGACGGCGCUGCGGGCUUCGUCUCCGUGCCCUCGUGCGACCUGCGCCGGGACCUCGGCGAGCUCCUCAGGACCGAGAGAGGCGCUGACGUGGUGUUUGAGGUCGGCGGUGAGACCGUAGCCGCGCACCGGUGCGUGCUCGCUGCUCGCUCGUCGGUCUUCGCCGCCCAACUCUUCGGACCAAUGAAGGAGGGCAAGGCCGAUGGCAGUGUCGUGCGUGUGGAAGACAUGGAGGCGGAGGUGUUCAAGGCGCUGCUCUGCUUCGCAUACACUGGCUCGUUGCCGGAGAUGCGCAAGGAAGAUGAAGACGUCACCUGCCAGCAUCUGCUCGUCGCUGCAGACAGGUUCGACAUGGGCCGGCUGAAGCUCAUCUGCGAGGAGAAGCUGUGCGAGUACAUCGACGUUGGCACGGCGGCGACCAUCCUGGCACUGGCUGAGCAACACCGCUGUGAGGGGCUGAAGAAGGCGUGCUUCGAUUUCCUCGCUGCUCCUGGAAAUUUGACGGCCGUGGCAGCCACCGACGGAAUCCAGCAUCUGAGCGUGAGCUGCCCUUCUCUUAUGGUCAAGCUCGUGGCCAUGUCCCCCGUGCAUUUGCUGAGUGAUGCAUGA